AUGUUAUUUGAUGAUGUUGACGCUAAUGUAUUUGGUGCAGUUGAAGCCAGUGUAAUUGAUGACGUUAAAGACAAGGUAUUUGAUGUUGAAGUCAAUGUAUUUGAUGAUGCUGGAGCCAAUGUAUUUGAUGAUGUUGACGCUAAUGUAUUUGGUGCAGUUGAAGCCAAUGUAUUUGAUGACGUUAAAGACAAGGUAUUUGAUGUUGAAGUCAAUGUAUUUGAUGAUGAAGUUAACGCCAAUGUAUUUUGUGGAGUUGAAGCCAAUGUAUUUGAGGAUGUUGAAGCAAGCGUAUUUGACGAUGUUGGAGCCAAUUUAUUUGAUGAUGUUGAAGCCAAUGUAUUUGAUGAUGUUGACGCUAAUGUAUUUGAUGAAGUUGAAGCCAAUGUAUUUGAUGAUGUUGAAACCAAAUAUAUGUUAUUUGAUGAUGUUGACGCUAAUGUAUUUGAUGAAGUUGAAGCCAAUGUAUUUAAUGAUUUUGAAUCCAAUGUAUUUGGUGGAGUUGACGCCAAUGUAUUUGAUGAUGCUGGAGCCAAUGUAUUUGGUGGAGUUGACGCCAUUGUAUUUGAUGGAGUUGAAGCCAAUGUAUUUGAUGAUGUUGAAGCCAAUGUAUUUGGUGGAGUUGGGGCCAAUGCGAUAUUGAAGCUAAUAUAUUUAUUUGAUGAUGAUAAAGACAAGGUCUAA